AUGUGGUUCUCUCACUCUAAUUAUUCUGAAUUUGUCUCCUCCACUUGGAAUGCCUUAUCUGGUGAUCUUCCCUCCAAAAUUAAUGCUCUUUGUGCUGCUCUAUCUCAGUGGAACAAAGAGGUUUUUGGACACCUAUUCCAGAGGAAAAGAAAGUUGUUGGCUAGAAUAGGUGGUAUUCAAAAAGCAAGAGACAGAUAUGAGAACCCUUUCCUCAUUAAUCUGGAAACUGACCUCAUCAAGGAGUAUGAGGAUAUUAGAGAUCAAGAGAACCUUUUUUGGAGGCAAAAGUGCAGAGAUAAGUGGCUGCAGGAAGGUAACAGGAACACUAGGUUCUUCCGUUUGACUGCCCUUGUUAGAAGGAGGAAAAAUAAGAUUGAGGGUCUUUUUAAUAGUAAUGAUUUCUGGUGCACGAACUCUGAAGGCAUGAAAAAUAUUUCUGUUGACUUUUUUACUGAUCUCUUUUCUAAACAAGACCCUAAAGACAAUAGAUUUGUUAUUCUCGGGCUUUUUCCUACUAUUGAUCAAACUUGUCUGGGGAGCAUUAGUAGACCUGUGUCUCUUCUUGAAGUUAAGGAUGCCUUGUUUGCUAUUGGUGGCCUUAAAGCCCCUGGUUAUGAUGGCUUUCCAGCUAUUUUCUAUCAAAAUCAUUAG